GUCCUGUCUUCUCUCCCAUUCCUCCCCAAGGCUCCAAAACCUAGCUCUCCUCUUCCUCGGGCGGCGGCGGCGGCGGCCAUGGACAAGAGCAUGCUCGGCGACCUGGACGGCCUCCCCGAGGAGGACAAGAUGCGCAUGGCCGUCAUGAUCGAGCAGAUCCAGAUCCGUGACAGUCUGAGAAUGUACAAUUCCCUGGUGGAGAGAUGCUUCACGGACUGCGUGGACACAUUCCGCCGCAAGACCCUGGACAAGCAAGAGGAGUCAUGUGUCCGCCGCUGCGCUGAGAAGUUUCUGAAGCACUCCAUGAGGGUUGGCAUGAGAUUUGCUGAGCUUAACCAGGGUGUGGCCACACCUGACUAAACAUUCUGGUUUUGUUGCCCUUGCCAAGUUCCUAACCUUGGGGAUUUUGUCAGCAUCGAUUUGUAAUCCUAAAAAGAUUUUAGCACUCCUUGAGAUAUGCAAGUCGGUAAGGUUGCCUCUUGAACCAACUGCUGGGUAUGACAUUGAAUAAAAUUACCUAGAAUCAUUGUAUCCAACGGUACAUUCUCCAUAUUGUGGUUAAUGCUGUAUCCAUUGAUACCUGAUAGCUGCCGGGAAGAGUUUGGAUUCUCGUUUCA